AUGGCCGUGAGCCGUGGAACAUCCUUCAAACGGAUAGUGGGAUUCGCGAUCAAGGAAGACGGCUGUGUGAGCCCAAGAAACAGCAGAGACGCCGAGGCGCUUACAGGCUGGGAGGUCGGGCAUCGUGUUCCGGAUGCGCUGGCUAGCACGGUGGGGUAUGAGGGGCGCGACACUUACGGAAGCGAGCAACAGGAAAAUGCUCCGCCGAGGGGCAGCGAGGGCGCGCCGCCAGCAGAGGCGCAAUCCGCGGAGAAUGUGCGCCAGGUUCCGCGCGAGAGCUUCUAUGUGGUGAGCGCGCGGAACGCAGAGGAGCAAGCAAUGUUGGCGGCGCCGAAUGUGAAAGGGGAGUUGAAGCCCCUGACGCAGGUGGCACCGUCGCAGCGCGCGCAGAACGGGCAGCAGCCAAUGGCGGAGCAGCGAGGGGUCACGGGGGAGGCGAGCUCUGCGCGGUGGUGGGUGUUGGAGGGAGAAGGAGCAGAGCAGAGGGAGCGUGCGGAAUCAAAGAUGGUUCCGGGAGGGCAGGACACUUGGAAGCUGGCCACGCCACCCACACACACACAGAAGCUGCUGCAGCUGAGGUCCCACGGCACGCGCACAAACGCGUCUGAGUACCCGCUGCAGCAGUUGCCCCCGCUGAUGCUCCCUGUGAAUGCUGCUGCCUGGGCCUGCACCGCCUUGCACUGCUUGGGUGCUUCGAGCGUGGAGAGAGGAGUUGCUGGGAGCGAGGAUGCGGGUGUUGUGGGAGUGGUUGUGGUGGGAGGGGAUGAAGUGGAGGAGGAUUGGACGCUUUGGGAGGAGGUGGAGGAGGAGGAGGGCAGGUUGGCGAGGGCCUUGGGCAGCUCAACCGCGCAGCUACCUGCGGUGGAUAAGAGAGAGGGGUGGGAAGGGGGUGGGUGA